AUUAUGAAAAGAUACAUUUGUGCCUAUAUUCAAGAAAUCCAUGUACAUGACAAGACAAGCUUUGUUCUAGUAACACGCACGUACGGAACACGCGCUUCGAAGUAGGUCAUGGAAAUUGUUCUUCGAUUUUACAGUUUCGUAGCCAUCUUCCCAUUCUCAACAAUCAACAUGCUUCCCUUGUCCGUAUUGGUGGCAUUCGCGAAAUUCAGACAAAAUGAAACCCAGAUUCAAAUGAAAUAAACGGCUGGGCCCCAAGCCCCCGUUACGCAAUGAAAUCGUUAUAUAUACGACCGCAGCCAUCGCAGUUGAGUUCUGUGUACAUGCUCAAUUAUUAUUUUACUUACGUAUCCACAUUUUUACAUUUAAUUAUCAAUUUUUCUUUAUUUUUUUUCUUUUUUAUUCUUCUUUUUUUCUUUUCCUCUUUCCGGCCGCCGGUUAACCAAGGUGCCGGCAGCCAGUGCUCCAUUACUACACAAUUUACUCUUACAGACACAGAUUUAUUAGGAUUCCGGCGAACAGCUGGCCGGGAAUAUCCAAACUUUUUGUUUUCUUUGUAGGCAAUUAAUGGCCAAGGGUCGGAAACUGAGCAGCAGCCGCAGCGAACGCUUUUUAGGAAGUUUCGGUGGGCAGGCGGCGGCGAGCUCUGCAUCCGAGCUGAGAGAAGAAGACAUCUGGUCGGUCGCCGAUGACGCCGUCAACGGCGAUGAUCGCUACGCAAACGGAGACUGGGGCUCACGCGCGUCCGCCGACAGCAGUAGAAGCUUCGGCGGUUACAGGGGCCGCCGGCCCUCGCAGCGGUCCGACCACAACCAAGUCGGCGGCUUAUCACUAGCCUUCGAUGAGCCCAGCAGCACCGCGUCGCAGAGGAUCAUCCACCAGUUCCGGCCGCAGGAGGGCGUGGCGGGAUCGCCACGUGGGCGCAAUAUGGCCACGUCGGCACCCGUGAACGUGCCCGACUGGUCAAAGAUUUACCGAGUGGACUCGGUGGAGUCGUUGCAUGACUCGGACGACGGCUUGGACGACGCGGAGCUGGUUCCCCCACACGAGUAUCUGGCGCGUGAGUACGCACGCAGCCGCAAUUCGGUGUUUGAGGGAGUGGGGCGGACGCUGAAGGGGCGCGAUAUGAGCAGGGUCCGAGACGCGGUGUGGAGCCAGACCGGCUUCGAUGGCUAAUUAUGAGCCAGGUUGGAAGCAUAUAUGUUGAUAUCGUCACUACUGAGUAUUAUUGUUUCUUCUUCUUUUUUGAUAAUUUGGAUUUUUGUGAAUGGGUAAUGGGUAAUGAGUGAGACCAAGUGAGUGAAGUUGGAGGCCGUUGGGCCCUAAUCACAUAAAAAGAAUAUUGGUUUAAUUCUCAGUGUUGUAUUGCUCUACUAAAAUUAAGUAAGUGGUCAUUUUGCA